AUGCUUAGUUUACUCUCUAACAUACGAGCGGACUGUGUGGAUGUUGUUCCUCUUUCAGCUACUCGUAUUGUGAGAACUAUUGCCACAGUCGCUCCCUCUAGCCACCUGGCGGUGAAUAUGAAGACAAUAAUAGAGCAAGAACGUUUGUUGGUGAUCUUGAUUUUCCUUUUCAUAAAAGUUGAUGGAAAGGUAACUGAAAAAGAAAGAAAAUUAUCUCAAAAUUAUUUGGAGACCAUUAAGGGAAACUCUUUGGACCAAGAAAUAGUAAUUCCAGUACGGACUGAUGAAAGCGGAAAUUACAUCAGCCAUAAUUUGCGCCCUCUACAGCCAGCUUUAAAUGGUCUCUUAAGAACAAAACGUCAAACAAAACAUUUUCCGCCCAAACUUUUUUACUUCAUCGAAGGGUUUGGUAAACAAUUCAACCUUCUUUUAUCCCACUCAACUAAAUUUUUAGGUCCACUCUUCAAGGUUUACAGACGUCACAAAGAUGGACAGCCCAACAAGACGUCUAUAGAGACACCUGGUAGAGAAAUCAGAAACUGUUUGUAUUCUGGGUUAGUGAAGCACCAGGAAGCGGCAUCAACAGUAGCACUCAAUGUUUGUAAAGGUCUGCGAGGCAUGAUCAAAACAAAUGACGAAGAAUUUCUAAUUGAACCAUUAUCAGAAAUGGAACCUGGUCAACAGGGAGCACCAAUGUCACACAAGUUGUAUCGAAGGUCAACAAUGAAUCACGUUGCCUUCUCAAGAGGAGUAGAAGAACUUAACCACACAAAUCCAGUUCAUCAUCAGGCCUACUACUGUGGCAGGAAGCGAAGGUACAUGCCACACAAACCAAAGAAGAAACAACACUGGUUACCUGACGAAUUUCCUAAGCCAACCCGUCAAAAGAGGGCGCUGCACUCGCCAGAAGAAUUUAAUCUUGACCGUAAUCGUCGACGAAAUGUUGAAACUCUUGUCGUUGUAGACAAAGAUAUGGUAAAAAAACACGGCGCCGAAAAUGUUACAACGUAUGUACUUACUGUGUUUAAUAUGGUGGCGAUGUUGUACCAAGAUUCUUCAAUAGGAAAUAACAUCAGCGUGGUACUGGUGGGUCUUGUGCUACUCGAAGGGGAUGAG